AUUCCCAUCAGUGGCUACUGUGGAUCAAGUACUUGCCUGGUGCUGCCUCAGAAGACCGAGUGGAGCCAGGAGCGGAGCCAGGAGCAGGGCUAGGCCGUGGCCAGGCCACAGGCAGGAAGCCACCCCACAAAACCAUCGGCCAUGGCCCCACAGAGGCCUGCCCUGCGGCCGCCACUGCCGCUGCUGCUGCUGCUGUUGCUGUUCUUGGAUGCCAGCGUCUGGGCUCAAGAUGAAGUCUUGGAAAACUUCCGCUUGAACUGUCCAAAAGAUGCAACUCGUUUCAAGCACCUGCGAAAGUACGUGUACAACUAUGAGGCCGAAAGUUCCAGCGGUGUCCGUGGCACUGCAGAUUCCACAAGCGCCACCAAGAUCAACUGCAAGGUGGAGCUGGACGUCCCCCAACUCUGCGGUUUCAUCAUGAGGACUAGCCAGUGUACCCUUAAAGAGGUGUAUGGCUUCAACCCUGAGGGCAAGGCCUUGAUGAAGAAAACCAAGAACUCGGAAGAGUUUGCAACUGCCAUGUCUAGGUACGAGCUCAAGCUGGCCAUUCUUGAAGGGAAACAACUCGUUCUUUACCCGGACAAGGAUGAGCCUAAAUACAUCCUGAACAUCAAGCGGGGCAUCAUUUCUGCCCUCCUGGUUCCCCUGGAGACAGAAGAAGACAAACAAGUGUUGUUCCUGGAUACUGUGUAUGGAAACUGCUCGACUCAGGUUACCGUGAAUUCAAGAAAGGGAACAGUGGCAACAGAAAUGUCCACAGAGAGGAACCUGCAGCAAUGUGAUGGCUUCCAGCCCAUCAGCACAGGGGUCAGCCCUCUUGCCCUCAUCAAAGGCCUGGUCCGCCCCUUGUCAACUCUCAUCAGCAGCAGACAAUCUUGCCAGUACACCCUGGACCCCAAGAGGAAGCAUGUGUCUGGAGCCACCUGCAAUGAGCAGCAUCUUUUCCUUCCUUUCUCCUACAAGAAUAAAUAUGGGAUCAUGACACAGGUUACACAGACACUGAGUCUUGAAGACACACCUAAGAUCAACAGUCGCUUCUUCAGUGAAGGUACCAAGCAGGUGGGUCUGGCCUUUGAGAGAACCAAGUCCACGUCACCCCCAAAGCAGGCUGAUGCUGCUUUGAAAACCCUUCAAGAACUGAAAAGAUUGUCUAUCACAGAGCAGAAUGCUCAGAGAGCAAAUCUUUUCAAUAAACUGGUUACUGAGCUGAGGGGUCUCAGCCAUGAAGCAAUUGCAUCCCUCUUGCCACAGCUGAUUGGUGUGUCCAGCCCCAUCACUUUACAAGCCUUGGUGCAGUGUGGACAGCCCCAGUGCUAUACUCACAUCCUCCAGUGGCUGAAAACAGAGAAGGCUCACCCUCUCCUGCUUGACAUUGUUACCUACUUGGUGGCUCUGAUGCCAAAUCCCUCAACUCAGAGGCUGCGAGAGAUCUUUAACACAGCCAAGGAGCAUCCGAGCCGAGCCACCCUGUAUGCGCUGAGCCAUGUGGUUAACAAUUACUAUGAAGUGGACCCUACAAGGAGCCCAGACCUGCAGGAUAUUGCUGGUUACUUAUUGAAACAAAUUGGCAAUGAGUGCUUGGGGAAUGAAGACCACACCUACCUGAUUCUGAGGAUCAUUGGAAAUAUGGGCAGAACCAUGGAACAAGUAAUGCCAGAACUCAAGUCCUCAGUCCUGAAUUGUGUGAGAAGUACAAAACCAUCUCUGCUGAUUCAGAAAGCUGCUCUCCAGGCCCUGAGGAAAAUGGAAAUGGGAGAUGAGGUCCGAAGGGUCGUUUUUGAUACCUUUAUGGAUGGUGUCACUCCAGUGGAGAAGAGACUGGCUGCCUAUCUCUUGCUGAUGAGGGCCCCUUCCUCAUCAGAUAUUAACAAAAUUGUCCAGCUUCUCCAAUGGGAACAGAGUGACCAGGUGAAGAACUUUGUGGCAUCUCAUAUUGCCAACAUCUUGAACUCAGAAGAACUGUAUGUCCAAGAUCUGAAAAUUUUGAUCAAAAAUGCUCUGGAGAAUAUUCAACUACCAACAAUCAUGGACUUCAGAAAAUUUUCCCGGAACUAUCAAAUUUCCAAAUCUGCUUCGCUUCCAUCGUUUGACCCAGUCUCAGCCAAAGUAGAGGGAAAUCUUAUAUUUGACCCAAGCAGUUAUCUUCCCAAAGAAACCAUGCUGAAAACCACCCUCACAGUCUUUGGACUUGCAUCAAUGGAUCUCUUUGAGAUUGGUUUUGAAGGAAAGGGCUUUGAGCCAACACUGGAAGCUCUUUUUGGUAAGAGAGGAUUCUUCCCAGACAGUGUCAAUAAGGCUUUGUAUUGGGUCAAUGGCCAAGUUCCUGACCGUGUCUCCAAAGUCUUAGUGGACCACUUUGGCUACACCAAUGAUGACAAGCACGAACAGGACAUGGUGAGUGGAAUCAUGCCCAUUGUGGACAAGCUGAUCAAAGAUCUGAAAUCUCAAGAAACACCUGAAGCCAGAGCCUACCUCCGCAUCUUGGGAGAAGAGCUUGGCUUUGUCAGGCUCCGAGACCUCCAUGUCCUUGGAAAGCUGCUUCUGAAUGGUGCACAAACAUUGCGGGGAAUCCCACAGCUGGUUGUACAAGCCAUCAGAGAAGGCUCAAAGAAUGACUUGUUUCUUCACUACAUCUUCAUGGACAAUGCCUUUGAGCUCCCCACUGGAGCUGGGUUACAGCUGCAAGUGUCCUCGUCUGGAGUCAUCACCCCUGGGACCAAGGCUGGAGUGAAACUGGAUUUAGCCAAUAUUCAGACAGAGCUGGUGGCAAAGCCCUCCGUGUCCAUGGAGUUUGUGACAAACAUGGGCGUCAUCAUCCCAGACUUUGCUAAGAGUGGUGUCCAAAUGAACACCAACUUCUUCCAUGAAUCAGGCCUGGAGACUCGAGUGGCCCUGAAGGCUGGGCAGCUGAAGGUCAUCAUUCCCUCCCCAAAAAGGCCUGUCAAGCUGUUCAGUGGCAGCAACACACUGCAUUUGGUCUCUACCACCAAAACGGAAGUGAUCCCACCUCUGAUUGAGAACAGGCAGUCCUGGUCAACUUGCAAGCCUUUCUUCACUGGCAUGGACUAUUGCACCACAGGGGCUUACUCCAAUGCCAGCUCCACGGAGUCUGCUUCCUACUACCCACUGACAGGGGACACAAGGUAUGAGAUAGAGCUGAAGCCCACGGGAGAGGUGGAGCAGUAUUCUGCCAGUGCAACCUAUGAACUCCAGAAAGAGGACAAGUCUUUGGUCGACACAUUGAAGUUCCUAGUUCAAGCAGAAGGAGUGCAACAGUCUGAAGCUACCGCAAUGUUCAAAUACAAUCGGCGAAGCAGGACUUUAUCUAGUGAAGUCCUAAUUCCAGCGUUUGAUGUCAACUUUGGGACAAUCCUCAGAGUUAAUGAUGAAUCAUCUAAGGACAAAAAUGCUUACAAACUCAUCCUGGACAUUCAGAACAAAAAAAUCACUGAGGUCUCUCUUGUGGGCCAUGUGAGUUAUGACAAAAAGGGAGAUAGCAGGAUCAAAGGUGUUGUUUCCAUACCACGUUUGCAAGCAGAAGCCAGGAGUGAGGUCCACACCCACUGGUCAUCCAUCAAGCUGCUCUUCCAAAUGGACUCAUCUGCUACAGCUUAUGGUUCAACAAUUUCCAAGAGAGUGGUGUGGCGUUAUGAUAAUGAGAAAAUUGAAUUUGAUUGGAACACGGGAACCAACGUGGAUACCAAAAAAGUGGCCUCCAACUUCCCUGUGGAUCUUUCCAGUUACCCUAGAACGUUGCAUGACUAUGCCAAUAGUCUCCUGGAUCACAGAGUCCCUCACACAGACAUGACUUUCCGGCACAUGGGUUCCAAAUUAAUUGUUGCAACAAACACAUGGCUUCAGAUGGCAUCCAGGGGUCUUCCUUACUCCCAGACUCUACAAGAUCACCUCAGUGGCCUCUCGGAGUUGAACCUGCAGAAAAUGGGAUUGCCUGACUUCCACAUCCCAGACAACCUCUUCCUGAAGAGUGAUGGCCGGGUCAAAUACACAUUGAACAAGAACAGUAUAAAAAUUGACAUUCCUUUGCCUCUGGGUGGCAAGUCUUCGAAAGACCUAAAGAUGCCAGAGAGUGUGAUGACACCAGCCCUCAACUUCAACUCUGUGGGAUUCCAUCUGCCAUCUCAAGAGUUCCUGGUCCCCACAUUUACAAUCCCUAAGACACAUCAACUGCAAGUUCCUCUUCUGGGUAUUCUGGACCUUUCCACAAAUGUCUACAGCAACUUGUACAACUGGUCAGCCUCCUACACUGGUGGCAACACCAGCAGGGACCACUUUAGCCUGCAGGCUCAGUACCGCAUGAAGGCUGACUCUGCAGUUGACCUGUUUUCCUACAGUGUGCAAGGCUCUGGAGAAACAACGUAUGACAGCAAGAGAACAUUCACAUUAUCAUGCGAUGGGUCUCUACACCACAAAUUCCUAGACUCAAAAUUCAAAGUCAGUCAUGUAGAAAAAUUUGGAAACAACCCAGUCUCAAAAGGUUUACUAACAUUUGAAGCCUCCAGUGCUUUAGGACCACAGAUGUCUGCUACUGUUCACCUGGACUCAAAAAAGAAACAACAUCUGUAUGUCAAAGACAUCAAGGUUGACGGGCAGUUCAGGGCAUCUUCAUUUUAUGCUCAAGGCAAAUAUGGCCUGUCCUGUGAGAGUGAUGCUACCACCGGCCAGCUGAGUGGGGAAUCCAACAUGAGGUUUAACUCCACUUACUUCCAGGGCACCAACCAGAUAGUGGGAAUGUACCAGGAUGGAACCCUCUCCCUCACCUCCACCUCUGACCUACAAGAUGGCAUAUUCAAGAACACAGCUUCCCUGAAAUAUGAAAACUAUGAACUGACGCUGAAAUCUGACAGCAGUGGGCAGUAUGAGAACUUUGCUGCUUCCAACAAGCUGGACAUGACCUUCUCUAAGCUAAGUCUGUGGCUACGUUCUGAACAUCAGGCCGAUUACAAGUCCCUGAGGCUCGUCACCCUUCUUUCUGGAUCACUCACUUCCCAGGGUGUAGAAUUAAAUGCUGACAUCUUAGGCACUGACAAAAUGAAUACCGGCGCUCACAAGGCAACGCUACAGCUUACACGAGGUGGGCUAUCCACCAGUGCCACCACCAACUUGAAGUACAGCCCCCUGCUGCUGGAGAGUGAGUUAAAUGCAGAGCUUGGCUUUUCUGGGGCAUCCAUGAAAUUAUCAACAAAUGGCCGCUUCAAAGAACACCAUGCAAAAUUCAGUCUUGAUGGAAGAGCUGCCCUCACAGAGGUAUCUCUGGGAAGCAUUUACCAGGCUAUGAUUCUGGGUGCAGACGGCAAAAACAUCUUCAACUUCAAACUCAGCAGAGAAGGGCUGAAGCUGUCCAAUGACAUGAUGGGCUCCUAUGCUGACAUGAAACUGGACCAUGCACACAGUCUGAGCAUUGCAGGUCUCUCACUGGACUUUUCCUCCAAAAUGGACAAUAUUUACAGUGGUGACAAGUUUUAUAAGCAGACUUUUAACUUACAGCUACAGCCCUAUUCUUUUGUAACUACUUUAAGCAAUGACCUCAGAUACGAUGCUCUAGAUUUGACCAACAGUGGGAAGUUAAGGCUGGAACCACUGAAGCUGAAUGUGGGUGGCAACUUUAAAGGAACCUAUCAAAAUAAUGAGCUAAAGCACAUCUAUACCAUCUCUUACACUGACCUAGUAGUAGCAAGUUACAGAGCAGACACUAUUGCUAAGGUUCAGGGUGUGGAGUUCAGCCAUAGGCUUAAUGCAGACAUUGAAGGGCUGGCUUCCUCCGUUGAUGUCAUCACCAACUACAAUUCAGAUCCGCUACAUUUUAACAAUGUUUUCCACCUUGUUUCGGCACCAUUUACCUUGGGCAUCGACACACAUACUAGUGGUGAUGGGAAACUGGCUCUCUGGGGAGAACACACUGGGCAGCUGUAUAGCAAGUUUCUGUUGAAAGCAGAACCUCUGGCACUCACUUUCUCUCAUGACUACAAAGGAUCCACAAGCCACAAUCUCCCGUACAAGAACAGCAUCAGUACAGCUCUUGAACACACAGUCAGUACUCUGCUUACGCCUGCUGAGCAGACAAGCACCUGGAAAUUCAAGACCAGACUGAAUGACAUGGUAUACAGCCAGGACUUUGAAGCCUACAACACUAAAGAUAAAAUUGGUGUCGAGCUCAGUGGACGGACUGACCUCUCUGGGCUGUACUCUCCAAUUAAAGUGCCAUUUUUCUACACUGAGCCUGUCAAUGUACUUAGUGACUUAGAGAUAAAUGAUGCUGCUGACAAGCCCCAAGAAUUCACAAUUGUUGCUUUUGUGAGGUACGAUAAGAACCAGGAUGUUCACACCAUCAGCCUCCCAUUCUUUAAAAGCCUGCCAGACUAUUUGGAGCGAAAUCGAAGAGGAAUUAUAACUCUACUGGAAGCCAUGCAGGGAGAAUUGCAACGCAUCAAUGUUGAUCAGUUUGUGGAGAAAUACAGCGCAGCCCUGAGCAGACUUCCACGGCAAAUUCACAAUUAUUUGAAUGCUUCUGACUGGGAGAGACAAGUAGCUGGUGCCAAGGAAAAAUUAACAUCUUUCAUGGAAAAUUACAGAAUUACAGAUAAUGAUAUACUAAUUGCUUUAGAUAGGGCCAAAAUCGACAUCAAUGAGAAACUCUCUCAACUUGAGACAUAUGUGAUACAAUUUGAUCAGUAUAUUAAAGAUAAUUAUGAUCCACGUGAUUUUAAAAAAACUGUUGCUCAAAUUAUUGAAAGAAUCGUUGAAAAGUUAAAAAUGCUUGAUGAACAGUAUCAUAUCCGUGUAAAUCUAGCAAAAUCAAUCCGUAAUCUAUAUUUAUUUGUUGAAAAUGUUGAUUUUAACAAAAUCAGUAGUAGUACUGCCUCUUGGAUCCAAAAUGUGGAUACCAAAUAUCAAAUCAGAAUCCAGAUAAAAGAAAAACUACAGCAGCUCAGAACACAAAUUCAGAAUAUAGACAUUCAACAGCUUGCUGCAGAGUUGAAACAACAGAUUGAAGCUAUUGACGUCACCGUGCAUUUAAAUCAAUUGAGAACUGCAAUUCUAUUCCAAAGAAUAAAUGACAUUAUUGAGCGUGUCAAAUACUUUGUUAUGAAUCUUAUUGAAGAUUUUAAAGUAACUGAGAAAAUCAAUAUUUUUAGAGCUAUAGUCCAUGAGUUAAUUGAGAAAUAUGAAGUAGACCAACAAAUCCAGGUUUUAAUGGAUAAAUCAGUAGAGUUGGCCCACAGAUGCAGGCUGACUGAGACUCUUCAGAAACUAAGUAAUGUGCUACAACAAAUUGAGAUAAAAGAUUACUAUGAGAAAUUGGUUGGGCUUAUUGAUGAUACUGUCGAGUGGCUUAAAGCAUUGUCUUUCAACAAUUUCAUUGAAGAACUAAAUAGAUUUAUUGACAUGUUGGUGAAGAAGUUAAAAGCAUUUGAUUAUCACCAGUUCGUAGAUGAAACUAACAGCAAAAUCCGUGAGGUGACUCAGAGAAUCAAUGCUGAAAUCCAAGCACUCGAAGUUCCACCAAAAACUGAAGCAUUAAAACUGCUGGUAGCAAACUUCAAAGCCAAGGUCUCUGACUAUCUGGAAAGACUCGAGGACACAGAAGUAACUGCAUUCAUUAAUUGGCUGCAGGAUGGUUUAGUUUAUAUAAAAUCCCAUUUCCAGGGUUCUCUAGAAGAUGUCCGAGACCGAAUUUAUGAAAUGGACAUUCAGUGGGAAGUGGAGCACUUCUUGUCUCUGGUAAGCCAGGUUUACAGUACAUUGGUAACCUAUAUUUCUGACUGGUGGAUUCUGACUGCUAAGAAUAUAACAGACUUUGCAGAGCAAUAUUCAAUCCAAGACUGGGCUGAGAGUGUGAAAGUACUGGUGGAACAAGGAUUCACUGUUCCUGAAAUCCAAACAUUUCUGGGGACCAUGCCUGCCUUUGAGGUCAGCCUCCGUGCUCUCCAAGAAGCGACCUUUCAGACUCCUGACUUUAUAGUCCCCCUGACAGAUUUGAGGAUCCCAUCGGUUCAGAUAAACUUCAAAAUGUUGAAGAAUGUAAAGGUCCCAUCGAGAUUUUCCACACCAGAAUUCACUCUCCUCAACACCUUCCAUGUCCGUUCCUUUACAAUUGACUUGCUAGAAAUAAAAGCAAAGAUUAUCAGAACUAUUGACCAAAUGCUGAGCAGUGAGCUACAGUGGCCUCUUCCAGAAGUGUACCUGAGAGAUCUGGAGAUACUGAACAUUCCUCUUGCAAGACUCACUCUGCCAGACUUUCAUGUACCAGAAAUCACAGUUCCAGAAUUCACAAUCCCAAAUGUCAAUCUCAAAGAGCUUAAGGUUCCUGAUCUUCACAUCCCAGAAUUCCAACUUCCUCGUCUCUCACACACAAUUGAAAUACCUGCUUUUGGCAAACUGCAUAGCAUCCUGAAGAUCCAAUCACCCCUCUUCACAGUAGAUGCUAACGCCAACAUACAGAAUGUAAGCACAUCAGAGAACAAAGCAGAGAUUGUGGCUUCCAUCGCCGCUAGAGGAGAGUCCAAAAUUGAAGCUCUCAACUUUGAUUUUCAAGCACACGCUCAACUCUUAGAGCUAAAUCCUAAUCCUCUGGUCCUGAAGGAAUCCAUGAACUUCUCUAGUAAGCAUGUGAGAAUGGAGCAUGAGGGUGAGAUAUUAUUUUCUGAAAAUGCCAUUGAGGGAAAAUCAGACACUGUCGCAAGUUUACACACAGAGAAAAAUAUAGUAGAGUUUAAUAAUGAUAUGAUUGUCAAGAUAAACAGUCAGCUCACCCUUGACAGUCACACCAAGUACUUUCACAAGUUGAGUUUCCCCAGGCUGGACCUCUCCAGUAAGGCUUCUCUUAAUAAUGAAAUCAAGACUCACUUAGAAGCUGGACGUUUGGCAUGGACUUCUUUGGGGACAGGGUCCUGGAAUUGGGCCUGUCCCAACUUCUCAGAUGAAGGCAUACAUUCAUCCAAAACUAGCUUCACUGUGGAAGGACCCAUUGUUUCUUUUGUAUUAUCCAACAACGUAAGUAGCAAACACCUAAAGGUCGUCCAAAAACUGGCUUGUGAAUCUGGCUUCCUCAGCUACUCUCAGUUUGAAGUUGACUCGAAAAUUGAAUCUCAGCACAUGGGUUCCAGCAUCCUAACUGCCAAGGGAUGGACACUGUUCAGAGAUGCAAAGGCAGAAGUGGCUGCUGAGCACAAUGCCAACUUAAAUGGGAAAGUUAUUGGAACUUUGAAAAAUUCUCUUUUCUUUUCAUCACAACCAUUUGAGAUUACAGCAUCCACAAAUAAUGAAGGGAAUUUGAAAGUUAGUUUCCCACUGAAGUUGACUGGGAAAAUAGACUUCCUGAGUAACUCCGCAAUGUUUCUGAGUCCUGAUGCCCAACAAGCAAGCUGGCAGGCAAGUGCUAGAUUCAAUCAGUACAAAUACAAUCAAAAUUUUUCUGCUAUAAACAAUGAGCACAACAUAGAAGCCGGUGUAGGAAUGAAUGGAGAUGCCAACCUGGAUUUCUUAAACAUUCCUAUAACGAUUCCUGAAAUUACUCUACCUUACAUAGGGAUCUCCACUCCCUUACUGAACAAUUUCUCCAUAUGGGAAGAAACAGGCUUGAAAGAUUUUUUGAAGACAACCAAGCAAUCAUUUGAUUUAAGUGUAAAGGCUCAGUAUAAAAAGAACAGAGACAAGCAUUCCAUUGCAAUUCCUCUGAGUAUGUUUUAUGAGUUUAUUCUCAACAAUGUCAAUUCCUGGGACAGGAAACUGGUGCAAGUCAGAGACGGUGCAUUAGAUUUUCUUACCACAUCCUAUAAUGAAACAAAGAUUAUGUUUGAUAAGUACAAAACUGAGCAUUCCCUCGAUCAGCCCUCUAGGACCUUCCAAAGUCAUGGGUUCACUAUCUCCUUUAUCAACAUUGAAGUGUCUCCAUUUACUGUAGAGACACUGGGCUCCAGCCAUGUGAUACCCAAAGCCAUCAGUACCCCAAGUGUCACCAUCCCAGGUCCUAACAUCAUCGUGCCUUCGUACAGGUUUGUGCUGCCCUCCUUAGAGCUGCCAGUUCUUCAUAUCCCUAGAAAUCUAUUCAAGUUUUCCCUCCCAGAUUUCAAGGAAUUGAGCACUAUUGACAAUAUUUAUAUUCCAGCCAUGGGCAAUUUUACCUAUGACUUUUCUUUUAAGUCAAGUAUCAUCACACUGAAUACCAACGCUGGACUUUAUAACCAAUCAGAUAUCGUUGCUCAUUUCCUUUCUUCCUCUUCAUUUGUUGUGGAUGCCCUGCAGUACAAAUUAGAAGGCACAUCACGUCUGACACGGAAAAAGGGAUGGAAGCUAGCCACAGCUGUCUCUCUAACUAACAAAUUUGUAAAGGGCAAUCAUGACAGCACCAUUAGCUUAACCAAGAAAAACAUGGAAGCAUCGGUGAAAACGACUGCAAACCUCCAUGUUCCCAUUUUAACAAUGAACUUCAAGCAGGAACUUAAUGGAAAUGCUAAGUCAAAACCCACUGUCUCAUCAUCCAUUGAACUAAACUAUGACUUCAAUUCCUCAAAGCUGCACUCAACUGCUAAAGGAGGUGUUGACCACAAGUUCACCUUAGAAAGUCUCACUUCCUCCUUUUCCAUUGAGUCAUCCACCAAAGGAAACAUCAAGGGCUCCUUCCUUUCACAGGAAUAUUCAGGAAGUGUUGCCAAUGAGGCCAACACAUACCUGAAUUCCAAGGGCACUCGGUCAGCAGUAAGGUUACAAGGAGCUUCCAAAGUUGAUGGUAUCUGGAACCUUGAAGUAGGAGAAAAUUUUGCUGGAGAAGCCACUCUCCAACGCAUCUAUGCUACAUGGGAACACAAUAUGAAAAAUAAUUUACAUGUAUCCAGUUUCUUUGACACAAAGGGAAAGCAAACAUGCAGAGCCACCAUGGAGCUCUCUCCAUGGACAAUGUCAACCCUUCUACAAGUUCAUGUGAGCCAACCCAGUUCCCUCCUUGAUCUCCAUCACUUUGACCACGAAGUGACCCUGAAAGCUAACACUAAGAACCAGAAGGUUGCCUGGAGAAGUGAGGUCCAGAUUCACUCACAGAUUCUUAAGCACAAUGCACAGCUCUCCAAUGAGCAAGAAGAGGUACGCUUUGAUAUUGCAGGAUCUGUAGAAGGACAGUUUGGGGACCUUAAAAAUAUCCUUCUACCAGUGUAUGACAAGAGCUUGCAGGAACUCCUAGAGAUGGAUGGAAAGAGACAGUACCUUCAAGCUUCAACAUCUCUUCUAUAUACCAAAAACCCUAAUGGCUAUCCUCUCUCACUCCCAGUGCAAGAACUGGAUGAUAGAUUCAUUAUACCAGGGCUGAACCUAAUUGACUUCAGUGGACUACAAAUCUAUAAGAAAUUAAGUACAUCACCAUUUGCCCUCAACCUAACAAUGCUCCCCAAGGUAACAUUCCCUGGGGUUGAUGUGUUAACACAGUACUUUGAAAUAGGGGACUCCUCUGCUCCUGUUUUUGAGGUAACUGUGCCUGAAAUUCAGUUAACUGUGUCCCAGUUCACACUUCCACAGAGCUUUCCCAUUGGCAGCACUGGCUUCGAUCUGAGUAAGUUAGCCAACAUGAUCGCAGAUGUUGAUCUGCCAACCAUCACCCUGCCCGAGCAAACCAUUGAGAUCCCACAUUUUAAGUUUUCUGUCCCUGCUGGAAUUUUUAUUCCUUUCUUUGGAGAACUGAGUGCACGUGUUGGUGUGGCCUCUACCCUGUAUAAUGUCACUUGGAGUGCUGGUUUGAAAAACAGAGCAGAUCAUGUCGAAACGUUCCUGAAUUCCAUGUGCAGUUCAACCUUGCAGUUUCUGGAGUAUGACCUAAACGUUGUAGGAACACACAGAAUUGAAGAUGGUCUGUUCAUCUGUAAGAAUAAAGGAACGCUUCGACACCGUGACUUCAGUGUGGAGUAUAAUGAAGAUGGCGUAUUUAAAGGACUUUGGGUCUGGCAGGGUGAGGCUCACCUGGACAUCACCAGCCCAGCAUUGACUGACCUCCAUCUGCACUACCAAGAAGAUGAGACAAGUCUGUCUGCCUCAGCAGCCUCCCCAGCCAUAGGCACUGUGGGUCUGGAUUCGAGCACAGAUGACCAGAGUGUGAAGCUGAAUGUCUACUUCCACCCUCAGUCCCCUCCAGAUAGAAAACUCAGCAUAUUUAAAACUGAGUGGAGGUACAAGGAGUCUGAUGAUGAAACGGACAUCAAAAUAAACUGGGAACAAGAGGCAGCUUCAAGAUUGUUAGGCUCCCUAAAAAGCAAUGUGCCCAAGGCUACAGAGGCUAUUUAUAAUUAUAUCAAUAAGUACCACCUGAGAGAUGCUUCUUUAAAGCUAAGAAGAAGUCUACAGAACAAUGCUGAGAGUGCCAUAAGGACAAUUAAUGAAAUAAACAUGGAUUUGCAGAGGACAGCCUGUGAUGCCUACCAGGAGUGGAAAGACAAGGCCUGGCAUCUGUAUGAGGAAAUGGUGACUCAGGGGAACCAAAGCAUCCCUGAGAAACUCAAGGGGAAGGUGUUAGACAGUCUAGCACAUGCUACCCAGAAGUACCGCAUGGCAGUCACACGGCUGAUUGACUCACUCAUUCAUUUCAUGAAGUUCUAUAGAUUCCAGCUCCCAGGGAAUGCUGGAACAUAUACUACUGAUGAACUCUGCACUAUGGCCAUGAGGGAGAUGGCAAAGCCACUGUUUCAGCUACAUUUAAAUAUCAGUAACAGUUUACAAAAACUAUUUUCCGAUGUUCAAGACCUAGUAGAGAAAUCAGACUUAAUCAAUGACAUAACAUUUAGUUGUCCUUUUGCUUCAGAAAACUGUAAACUAAAUGAUGUGAUACUGAUAUUCAGUGAGCACUUAGAAAUAUUAUCAUACUUCACCCAACGGCAAUGGGAAGACCUCCAGGAUACCAAUUUUACAGCAACACUAAGUGUUUUUCAGUUCAUUAUGGAGAGAAUGUUAGAAAACAUAGAAGAAGAAAUUAAAUGUCUAAAUGAAUCUACUUGUUUCCAUUAUCAGGUCAACUCAUUCUUCAAAAUAAAUGUCCCAUAUGCUUUUAAAUCCCUAAGACAAGAUGUGUUCCAUAUCUUCAGUGAGUUCAAUGACUUUUUUCAAACCAUACUUCAGGCGGGGUUCUACAAGCUACAGCAGGUUCAUCAGUAUAUAAAGGCUCUUCGUGAAGAGUAUUUUGAUCCAAGUAUGGUUGGCUGGAUGGUAAAAUAUUAUGAAGUUGAAGAAAAGAUGGUUGACCUGAUUACUAACCUUUUAGUUGUCCUUAGGGACUUCCACUCUGACUGCAGUGCCUGGGCUGCUGGUUUUGCCUCCAAUAUCUCAACUCAAGUUGAGCAGUUUGUGUCCAUGGAUAUCAGAGAAUAUCUUAGCAUCCUUGCUGAUGUUAACGGAGAGAGGAGAGAGAAGAUUACAGAGUUUUCUAUCCUGGCAAAGGAAGCGAUUGAAAGCUGGGCCACUGUGAUGGAGGAAAUAGUUUCCAAUUACCACCGGCAGCUCAAUUCCAAACUGCAGGAUUUUUCAGACCAACUCUCUGGUUACUAUGAAAUUUUCAUUGCUGAGUCCACAAGAUUGAGUGACCUGUUCACUCAAAGCUACCAUGUGUUUCUUAGAUACAUCACCGAGUUACUGAAGAAGCUGCAGGUGACCACAGCCAAUAAUGUGAGCCCCUACAUAAAGCUUGCUCCAGGAGAACUAAUCAUCACCUUCUGAUUCUAUUAUUAAUCUAUUCCAAUUAAACCUUCACAUAGUAGGAGAGUUUGUAGACUAUUAUAAAAACCAUCCAACAGAGCCAGCCCUGCAGCCAAUGACAGCAAGUGCAAGAAGCUCAUGUGAACUACACCUGCACCCGAGCUGGCACAAGAACCAGGAACUUUGAAGCAGCCAGAACUCAAGAUGACAUAUUUUUACAAGUUAGAGAAAAAAACAAGA